AUGGGGCGGCGGCGGCGGGGGGCGCUGCCCGAGCCGGCGGGCGGCUGCUGCUGCUGCCUGGCGGCGGCGCUGCCGCUGCUGCUGCUGCUGCUGCCCGCCGGGUGCCCGGUGCGGGCGCAGAACGACACGGAGCCCAUCGUGCUGGAGGGCAAGUGCCUGGUGGUGUGCGACUCCAGCCCCUCGGCCGACGGCGCCAUCACCUCCUCCCUGGGCAUCUCGGUGCGCUCGGGCAGCGCCAAGGUGGCCUUCUCGGCCACCCGCAGCACCAACCACGAGCCCUCCGAGAUGAGCAACCGCACCAUGACCAUCUACUUCGACCAGGUAUUAGUUAAUAUUGGCAACCAUUUUGAUCUUGCUUCCAGUAUAUUUGUAGCACCAAGAAAAGGGAUAUAUAGUUUCAGUUUCCACGUGGUCAAGGUCUAUAACAGACAAACCAUCCAGGUAAGUUUAAUGCAAAACGGCUACCCAGUGAUUUCAGCUUUUGCAGGGGAUCAGGAUGUCACCAGAGAAGCAGCCAGCAACGGGGUCUUGCUUCACAUGGAAAGAGAAGACAAAGUGCAUCUCAAACUGGAAAGGGGUAACCUCAUGGGAGGGUGGAAAUAUUCAACCUUUUCUGGCUUCUUAGUCUUUCCACUAUAAAAGAAGGCCAAAUACGAGACAGAUCUGUGAGCUGGAGCAAGGAUUCAAUCGUUAACAACACCCUGAACUUGGCAGCACAUGACAAUAUUUCCAGUCGCCCUGUCAGACUGUCACAGUAGAAGAAUGAUAACCUUCUAAACUCCAACAUUUGCUUUGAAUAUUGACAAUUCCUUGGGAAACCUGCGCCUCUAAUUAGUUUUAGACGACAGUGAUCUUUAGGAGAAUUGAAAUUAUCGACCUGAGCAAUUUGUACCUGUGAUUGUAAAGUCAAUUUUGGAUUUUAUUGUUGGGAUCAUUGACUUUCUUCUUCUUUUUUUAUUUUUUUCCUCUCUCUUUCAUUUUUUCCCUCUUUUCUUCCUCUUCUUGUUAUCCCAAUGCGACAAGUAACUCGGACCACACAAUCACUUUAUCAAAGGCUCACUCCUGAGCCAGAAGAAUGAAGUGUUCAGCCUGAUGAGGUGUUCUUUCCAUGCUUUCUUUCUUUGUGUUGUAUAGCCUUAAGGAAAAAAAAAAGAAAAAAAAAGAAAAAAAGAAAAAAAAAAG